AUACAGCUUGAUAGGCAAGUGCUGUUUUAUCACCCGGGACCUCUCAGGGGCGGUGGAAGGUUAAAACUGUCAGCAGCGAACCCGUAUCUUGUCACGUUGCAUGUCGUACGAGAGUUUUAUGACUGUUUAUAGAUUAAGUACUUAGUCAAAAAAUGCUCGUAGGCUUCUUGGAGCUUGGUGUUAUUAAGACAUACACAGGUUUUUUGUGUUGGGGGUAAUAGAAUGGGAUGACCGCAUGGGAUAAGCAUGGCCGUUUCGCAUAAACGCACGCGUAUAACGGCCUUUACACUUGCACGCACAAAUUGGUAAUCGGGCUCACGCGCACAGCACAUUCCAAAGAGCUACAGAUAGCUUGUUAACCACAGAGUGAGAGAAGUCUUUCGACGGCAGCUCUCUCACAAGGCGCCUCUUUACCUUCAACCUCUGACACGCAUAAAUCUCUCAAUAAGGUCAAUGUCAUCCUAUAAAUACCCCAGGAAUCGGACGCGCUUGAGGUGUUAGCAGUGAGAACACCGCUCAACCGAAGAAAACGGAUGAGCAUCAGACGCUAUUCAUUGACUUAGUUUUUUAACCGUCAAUAUGCUUCAAAAUGCGUAUGUCGUGAAGAAGAACUUCAUCCACAGCAUGGAACGCGCGUUUGUAUUGUAUUUCUGAGGCAAAUCCAUAGACCAAGGUGCUUUGGAUAAAGUCACGCCAGAAUGACUACAGCUCUAUUCAUUAUACGAAGUCUUUCACGAGAACUAAGCAGGUAAACGAGGGCACAGUUUACGUGCCGGGAGCUAUGAGUUAGCCAUUUUUUACGAAAAAACUGUCAGGUGUACCACCGACGGGAGCUGUCGAGAAAGAUGGAUGACUCCUUGUGAAAAAAAGGUCGACCAGGAUGCAGCAGCACGUGGAAGUGGAGAAAUGAUAACAUCAUCCGUGAGCACUGAAGACACUAAGUGACACCCAUUACGACAGAGAACAAUCUAAACUUCGAGGCAACACCCCGACAGGUAAAAAGCCAUACAGAGUACAUUUGUAGUCUCCCUUAACAUAAACACGCGACGGCGCGGCCAGUCAGCACGCGGCUGAAAUUGAGGUGAUAAGUGACAAGCAUAGUUUGCUUGAGGCAUGAUAUGACCAACUGACUUAGUUGUCAAAUUAAGAAUAUCGUUUUUAUAUAAUCAGGGAACAGUUGGAAUAUUAAUCACGCAAUCAACAUGCCUAGCGGACAAUAUACGCCUCUUCUCGUACUUUAAGUCUGACCGUCAGUCACUCCCAUAGUGGUUAAGACGUAUAUGUUCCCUUGUCAUCUCGGACACCGCGGCACUACUUUAUUUUGGUGAGUUGAUGUAUUAUGACUGCCAGGCACUUACUGUUAUAUGGCGGGAAUGCACUAUUUGAUAUAUUUUAUAUGGGGUAUGACUGCUUUGACUAACGGGCAUUUUCAAGACAAGGUAAAGAAAGACCUUGGAAACGUAUUGGACGCCAGCAGCUACUGUAGAGACAAUUUACGAUCAUGCUAUCCAACUCUCAAUGUAGCAUGAUGUUGCUUGAAGAUGACCAUAUGUUUGAACGUGGAUAAAAUAAUACCGACUUCUUAAUAAGCUCAAAGAAAUUGCUCAGCGGGAAUACUUUAUCUGGACACGAGUCUCUAAUCGGGAUAUCAUAUACAUCAAUACUAGCUCAUCGCGAGGAUAUGCGCGAUGAUAUGUCAUUGUUUGGGGAGUCUGACUAUUUUUCAUUGUAACGGGACUCGUUAGGCCUUGCUAUGAAAGAAAAGACGCUUAACAACGGGGUCCCUUUCCAUUUAUUGUUGCUACUGAGUAUAGCCUGUGUUGUAUUAGGUGAAGAUGCACCUUCGCCCAUAAAUGCCUCAUCGUUGGGAAAUACCCCUAGUUCAAGAACAGAGCUUGGUUUUUCAUCUGGAUCAUCCCCUUCUUACACAAUACAGCCAAAUCACCUGUUGGUAGGAUAUUUGACAAAUGACCAAGGGAAGAAAGGGGACAAAUGGAAAAUUAAUCGACAAGCAAGAAUAAUAUCCGGAGCCUUUUCGUAUGCCAUCAAAACUAUCAACGAGGAUCCGAGCUUAUUGAAUGGGCUCCAACUUGAUUUCCUGUGGAACGACAAUGAAGGUGAUUCUCUGAUAGGGACUGCCAGACUGACCGAACAAUGGAGAAAAGGGGCAGUAGCUUUUUUCGGUCCGGAGGAUGAAUGCGAGACAGAGGCGAAAGUGGCCGCAGCGUGGAACUUGCCUAUGAUAGCUUACAAAUGUGCGGAACCUUUAGUCAGCGACAAGGAAUUGUAUCCGACCUUCGCCCGCACUUUUCCGCCGUCGACGCAGGUGGCCAAAUCUGUGAUCUCGUUGAUGAAAUAUAACAAAUGGAAGAAGUUUUCACUGGUUUACGGUUCAUCCACCAAGUACAAGUCCAUUGCAAUCACAGUCGAGAAUUUGGCAAAGAUGCAUAAUAUGACCAUUAACAGUAAACUUUCGUAUACGGAGCCGCACUUCGGCUACACGGAGUCCGAAAAGAAAGCAUUUCAAGAAAUCGUCAGUGAGAGUUUUGAAGGCACAAGAAUCUAUGUUCUGUUCGGUACUCACCACGCUCUCAUAUCUCUGAUGGAAAACUUAGACAAAUUGGGUGUUCUGGCCAGUGGAAACUAUUCCUUGGUCUACGUGGACCAUGACAGCUACACUUCUGUGCAGAAUGACCCUAUAAUGUUUUUUAAGCGAAUAACCGACAAGCCAGACUCGCGACUGCUACUGAAGGCAGCUCGCUCGCUUCUUGUCAUCGUCAGCACAAGCUACCCUGACAACCAACGCUACAAAGAUUUCCAUGACCAAGUUAACAAGUAUAAUGCGUUGCCACCAUUCAAGUUCCCAGUUUUCCGGGGACAUCCAGAUUUUCCCGAAAAGAAACGAAUUUCCGUGUAUGCUGCAUAUCUUUACGAUGCAGUGAUGUUAUAUGCAGACGCACUGCAGAAAGUGGUACAGGCGGGAGAAAACAUUACUGAUGGAAAAGCCAUUAUUUCCAAAAUUCUUGGUCGCACUUACAUGAGUAUUCAAGGUUUCUUGUGCAAGAUUGACAAGAAUGGGGAUGCAGAAGGAAACUACACCGUCCUCGCACGUAGACCGUUCCACUCCAAGAGGGCCAACUACUCCAUGCUGCCAGUCGGCCACUUUAUCAUAGAAGAGAAAGAGCAACUGCCGCAGUUCCAGCUUUUCUCCGGUCAGCAGAUUGACUGGAUUAAUGGUGGUCCCCCGCUAGACGAACCGCCUUGCGGAUAUAGGGGAGAGAAGUGCCAGAAGCCUAAAGAUUUUACAAUGGAGAUAACCUUUGGCGUGAUAGGGGGACUGCUGUUGGUUACUGGGGUCAUUGCUCUAUUCUUGUACAGACAGCGGCGCUAUGAACAAGAAAUAGCUGGUUUACUGUGGCGAAUCAACGUGGAUGAGAUCAAAGGUAUCUCCAAUGUCUUACUGACAGAGGAUCAAUCCGGAAGCAAGGUAACAAUCAUCAGUACUCCAGGUUCCAUGGACUCGAGACUAUCUUCCAACUUCCAUACAUUUACUGCCACUGGUACCUAUAACGGCCAGGUGGUGGCGCUGAAACAGAUGUGCAAGAAAGGCCUUGAAAUAAACAGAGACAUGAAAAAAGAAAUGAAAGUGAUGAAAGAGUUCCGUCACGACAAUAUCUGUCCGUUUGUCGGUGCGUGCGUUGGCCACAACUUUUUUAUAAUCGUCACAGAGUACUGCGCCAAGGGCAGUUUACAGGAUAUUCUUGAGAACGAGGACAUGAAGCUUGACGCGAUGUUUAUUGCCUCUCUUGUAUUUGACCUAAUUAAGGGAAUAAUGUUUCUGCAUGAGAGUAGUGUUUACUAUCAUGGUAAUCUCAAAAGCACCAAUUGCGUGGUUAACAGCAGAUGGACACUGAAAAUCACAGACUUUGGGUUCUUGGAUAUAAGGAAUAAGUUACUGGAACAAGAAAAUGAAAUUGUUAAGUAUAGAAAUUUACUUUGGAAAGCACCGGAACUGUUGCGUAGCCCAAGUAUACGAGGCAGUCAAGAAGGAGACGUGUAUUCUUUUGGUAUCAUUCUUCAUGAGAUAAUUACCCGAGACGGACCUUGGGGAGAUACUGAAUUAACAGCGAGAGAGAUCAUUGAAAAGGUCCAAGAUUCGUCAGAGGCGGAGCCAUUUCGUCCGAAGACAUCCGGUUUGCAGUGCCAAGACUAUAUAGUACAAUGUAUGGCCGACUGCUGGAACGAAAACCCGUUCCUAAGACCGGAUUUUAAAGAAAUACGAUUUCGGCUGCGUGGGAUGAAAACCGGCAUGAAGUCAAAUAUAUUUGACAACAUGAUGGCAAUGAUGGAAAAGUAUCAAAGUGACCUGGAGUCUCUGGUGGACGAACGAACUCUCCAACUUAUUGAAGAGAAAAAGAAGACAGUGGCACUUCUGCACAGAAUGCUUCCCAAGUCCGUAGCUGAUCAGUUAAUGCGAGGUGAACCAGUUAUACCAGAAACAUUUUCCUGUGUGACCAUUUACUUCAGUGAUAUCUGUGGAUUUACUCAGCUUUCAGCUAAUAGUACUCCAAUGCAGGUUGUCAAUCUCUUGAACGACCUGUACACGUUAUUUGACUCUAUAAUCCGUCACUAUGACGUGUACAAAGUGGAGACAAUCGGAGACGCCUAUAUGGUGGUGAGCGGGCUUCCCAUCAGAAAUGGCGACAGUCACGUGGGAGAGAUUGCGUCCAUGUCGCUGCAUCUUUUGUCAACACUUAAAACUUUCCAGAUAAGACACAUGCCGGGAGAAACGAUUAGACUUCGCAUUGGCAUGCAUUCAGGUCCGUGUGUCGCUGGUGUUGUCGGGUUGACAAUGCCACGGUACUGCCUGUUUGGGGACACAGUGAACACAGCUUCCAGGAUGGAGUCACACGGGGAGCCUCUAAAAAUCCAUUGUUCUCAAGAAAGUCGUGAUCUCUUGCUAAGUCUUGGAGGAUAUGAAGUAGAGCCAAGAGGCAAGAUUCACCUUAAGGGAAAAGGCGAUCUGUCCACUUAUUGGUUGACAUCAGAGAACCGCUCCGUGCGCCAGAGACGCCUGAACCUUCCGGUUCUUGAGAACCCACUUCAAGUUAAAAAGGGACUUAAGCAUCAAAAAACUUGCACCAAUGACCCCUGGUCCCCUCGACCGCCCAAUGGCCUUCAUGGGGAACUCUCAAAUUCUGGACGUUUAUAUUCCAUUUUCCGUGACGAUUGCUUCCAACAACCUUCAACGGUGUCUCAUUCUAGUCCCGAAUUCACCAGCCCUGCGACAUUAUCCAGGCGGAGUUAUUCGACACGUAGUCCAAGGUUUAAGUCCAGAGAGCUAUUUAAACAGUGCGCCACUAUACCUACUAUGUUGGGCAGUUUAGUUAAUGAUACAGAGAACAUUGAUGCCAGCGAAACUGAUAGAUUGUUGCCAAUGAAGAUGCUGCCGACCAUAGAAGGUAGUCCUGGUUCUGAGGAUCAGAGUUUGGGCCAAAUGGACGACAAUGGGAAUACAAAGGGAAGCGUAGGUAAUGGUGGACCACCACAGUCGAGUGAGGUAGCUGUUAUCUCUAACAGUUCAGUCAAUAUUGAAUGUGAUGACUCGGCAGAGAGCAAACUUUGACCAAUAACCCGAUUUUGUUUGCUUUAAACACUUUGCUGUUGUCUUUUUUACAUUUUAAUAUUUAUUAAAAUAUCAGAUGCCCAUAUUUUUUCAGACAGCUUAAAAGUAGACCAAAUCAAUAACCAUAUGUUGGAAAGAAUUUUAGUACAUUAACUUCAUUAACCCAGAUUUAGACAUUUCAACAAAUGGGGAUUUUUUGUGUAAGUAUGAUUCAACGAGUUUCAUUAGUGCCCUAAAUAUACAUUGUUUAGUUUUUACGUUGAUAUGUACUCUUGCAAAAACAAAUUCAGGUAAUCUAAAAGCAUUACCAAAACAUUUAAGACUGUUAACAUGGUGUAAGGCAUGGCAGUUUUUACCGUCAAAACAGACGUUUGAUUGAUAUUUUUCUACUAGGGCUUGUUUUACGCAAUGUCUUUAGCACUGAAUUAAAGUCCCCAUAUGUUUUCACUACAUUAUACAUAGAUUUGUCAAAGUACAUUUUACAUUGUGCCUUUAUGUCGCGAAUAUUGUGACGCUGGGUUAUACUUCAAAAACAUACCGUGUGUUAAACAUUCAUGUAUUUAUUUUUUUUAAGUGUCCACAAAUGCAAAGUAGAAAUAGAUUUUGUCUAGGCCGGAUGAUUUCGGCUUUUGAUAGAUGUAUUUCCAACCUUCGCAUUCUGAUAAUGGGCAUUGUUUUCUUAAAUAAUAUUGGCAUUUUGAUACGUGGGGUAAAAAACUAACUAGUCAGCAAAGGGUAGCUAUGUAACUGCACAUGUGAUCACUUUUAUUCGGUUGUAGGAAAUGCAAAUGUUAAAUCAAAUUCAAGGAGCGAAUUCUAACGGUUAUUUCAAAAAUGUAUGUGCCAUGUCAAAAUUGCUUGAGUGGGUUGAAAACUGCAAUUAUUAAGAUGUAUAUUUUUUAUCAAUUUGACAAUUUAUCUGCUUUCAUCUACAUUACAAAAGUGACAUUCCAGUGUAUAAGUAAUCAAAUAAAGAUGCGUUAAGUAUAUAAUGCUAA